UAGUGUAGCCGCCAUGACUCAGGUAGCUAGAGGUUCACAGGAGCCAAUUGAGAGGAGGAGUAUAAGAGGAGCGGAACACACCAGGUACAAGAUGGUCGUCUCUCCUGCCAGCGUAGAUACCAGAAGGUGUAACCACGUGGGCGUCGAAUCUACACGGUGUGGCCAUUUAGGUGUGGACAUAAACCAGAGUGGCCACAUAGACACCAAGACUAGAAGAUGUGGUCCUAUAGAUAUGGAUACCAAAGGAUGUGGCCGCAUGGGUAUGGAUGUCAGGAGGUGUGGUCGUGUGGGUGUCGGUGUCAAGGAAGGUGUAGGAGGCUGUGAAGGAGGCAGGAGGGAGGGUGUGGUGCUGCCGUCCCCUACCUGGGUUCUCCUCCUCCUCUUCCUCCUCCUCACACAAGCUGAUGUCGUGAGGGGCAGCGCAGAGGAUGACACACUCCUGGAGAUUUCCGACAUCUUACCCGCGGACACUAAAAGUUACGAUAAGAUGCGUCCACCUCAGUCACAAGGCAACCCAACAGUCGUUUACUUCCACGUGACGGUCAUGAGCCUUGACUCCAUCGAUGAGAGUUCUAUGACUUACGCUGCAGACAUCUUCUUUGCCCAGAGUUGGAAGGACCACCGGCUUCGCUUCCCACAGAACAUGACGGGGGAGUACCGUCUGCUGCCCGUGUCUUGGCUCAAAGACAUCUGGAGACCUGACGCCUUCUUCAAGAAUGCCAAGUCCGUCACCUUUCAAACUAUGACCAUCCCGAACCACUACUUAUGGCUGCACCUCGACUCUACUAUCCUCUAUAUGGUUAAGCUGACGUUGUUACUGUCUUGCGCUAUGAACUUCCAGUCUUAUCCACACGACACCCAGCAGUGCGCCAUGAAGAUUGAAAGCCUCUCACACACAACUGACGACCUCAUCUUCGUGUGGGACCCUCUGGUGCCUCUCGAGGUGGACGAGAGAAUCGAACUGCCCCAACUAGACCUCGUAUCUAAUGAAACGGGCGACUGUACACAGGUGUAUUCCACAGGUAACUUUACGUGUCUGGAGGUUGUGUUCACCUUCAAGCGUCGCCUCGGUUACUACCUGUUCCACACCUAUAUCCCCACCUGCCUCAUCGUCAUCAUGUCGUGGAUCAGUUUCUGGAUUAAACCCGAGGCAGUGCCAGCCAGAGUCACGCUAGGGGUCACAUCUCUCCUUACUCUCUCAACACAACACGCCAACUCACAGAAGUCUCUCCCACCUGUCUCUUACAUCAAGGCCAUCGAUAUGUUCAUGUCAUCCUGCACAGUGUUCGUCUUCCUCUCACUCAUGGAAUACGCUAUGGUCAACAUCAUCCUGGGUGACAUGGUGGACCAAAAACCGCCAGAUGAGAACCUGAUGCGUCGUAUAACCCGCAAGCUCACUAUCCGCAGGCCCCGCAACGCCAACAGCCGCAGGCGGAACGGUGGGGACGUGACUCUCCAAGAGGCUGAGAAUGGAGGCUUUGGGGAUCCAGAAGGAGAGCCUAGGAUCAUGCCUGCAGGACCUCCAAUCCCUCACGCCCAUCACCAGCACCCACACCACGCCCCCGCCCCACCUCCGAGUUCCUUGGGGAUACUCCCUAAAUACGGAUCGACACCUAACCUGCCAAAGUCCAUGGCAACAGAGAUGAAGGAGGCCAGAGAGAAGGCCAUCCUGGUGGACAGGUUCUCCAGAGUGGCCUUUCCUCUCAGCUUCACUGUCCUCAACCUCCUCUACUGGGCCGUCUACUUCGAGUGGUAACUUCACCCUCAAGUACCACCACACCUUCAGCUCCUCGGUAUAGACAUAAAGAUCUAGAACCAAUUUUCUCGAUAUAUGCUUCUGGUGGCCACACACACAGCAUAUCAAGCUUACUUCUGGUGGCCACACACACAGUACAUCAAGCUUACUUCUGGUGGCCACACACACAGUAUAUCAAGCUUAUUUCUGGUGGCCACACGCACGAUAUCAAACUUACUUCUGGUGGCCACACGCAUGGUAUCAAGCUUACUUCUGGUGGCCACACACGCGAUAUCAAAUUUACUUCUGCUGACAACACACAGGAUAUCAAGUCUCUGGACAUGAAUAACUACCAUCCACAGUGUCACUCUAGAUAUCACUGUCAAGAUUAAACGUCUUUGAGCUUACAAGUCUUCAAAGUCAUGAUAUCAACUGUGGUGGUAAUACUGAGAACACCAGGCAGAGGACUCCACUCUUAUCCUAGAAUUUGUCUUGAAACUUUAUCCUAGGAACAUCAUCCAGGUGUUUGGUCUGGAUUUUGUUGUCCAUUUAUAGCAAAACUGUUUAUAUUAUUAUUAUUAUUAUUAUUAUUAUUAUUAUUAUUAUUAUUAUUAUUAUUAUUAUUAUUAUUAUUAUUAUUAUUAUUAUUAUUAUUAUUAUUAUUAUUAUUAUUAUUAUUAUUAUUAUUAUUAUUAUUAUUAUUAUUAUUAUUAUUAUUAUUAUAGGUAAUUAUGAAGGUCAGUAUCGUGGUCUAUUUUCAUCAUGGUGACUGAGGUAUCAUAUUGUUUUGUACAAAGAAGGAAAAACAAACCCCACGAAUCCAGACCUAAUCUAAGCUAACGUUACCUGACUUAACUAAAAUACAUUCAUUGAUCAUUUGGUUACGUUAAAUUAGAUGGGGUUUUGGUUAGUUAUGUUUAGAUUGAUGCAUCAUUUUGUUGCGUAGUUUUUUCCAAGUUAGAUAAUUGAUCAUAAGUGGAAAAAUAAAAAGUUUGUGAUAGGUAUAGAAUAAAUUAUCUUCUUUGACGUUUGUGAAAGAAGAAAUAAAAUCAUUUACCUCGA